UACAGAUGGUGACCUUCAAAUGAAGAUUUUAGUCGAUUACUGAUAUUAGGAGUGUUUAAGCCUACUAAAUUACCAUGAAUGCUGUUUUGGAAUAUUUUUGGAAGUUAAAAAAUUCUUCUUCAUACUUGUCUGAUUAUAAUUUGGAAGAAUUUGUCACUUUAUUAUACAAUUUUAUUGGUCGCCGAUUCGGAACAUUUGAACUUCCACUUAAAUAUGUGACCUGCUUCAGGGACUUUCUAUUAUUUCAAUUGGUGAACUAUAAACAUUCACUCAAUUUUCAGUGCUUGAAAUCGAGUUCGGGAUUUCCUGAUCUUACUGUACUAUACAAAAUGAUUUUCAUACUUUCUCGUUUGGAAGUGGAGGCUUUUUGUUUAGAAUAUACUCAGUGUGAUGGCUACUACUCUCCAUCAUGUUAUCUUUGCAGCUUAGACAUACUAUUAUCAACUGUGCAACUUAUAUGCAAGGAAAUUAACAGUGAUUCAUAUAGACAUCGAAUUUUCUCGUCAGGCUGUGAUUUCAGUAAGAAAUAUAAUUGCAGGUGCUAUAAGCACGUCUUGAAAUUUAAAACCAUCUGUAAAUAUGAAGAGAAAGAUUUUAUUACAGAUGCAAAUUCUAUAGAUCAAUUUCCUUUGAAAACUAAAAAGCGCCAAUAUAGAUCUGCAAUAAAAAGAAAUAUUACGUCAUCAAAUUUCAAAAAAUCAAUUGAAAGAGUCGAUUUCAUUGAUCUCAUUCCUGAUUUCGAACAUGAAAAUGACAUAUCACCCACUGAACAUAAUCUUCAUCCUUUGGAUUGUUCAAAGUCUACAUCAAUUCCUCAUCAACAUGUUCUGUCUCCUAAGCAUUCGAAUUUUUCAAAUAUAGAUGUAUUGAGGAUUUAUUUAACAAAACAUAUGACUACUGAACUUCCUCAAUUCUGCGCAUAUCCUCAUAUAUUGACUAUUCUUUGUAAAUAUAUUAAUAUGAUCCAGUUUAUCAUACAUAUGAAUAAAGAAUAUUCAAUUCAAUACAGUGAUAUAUUAGCAACAUUCAAUAUUAAUAUUUUAACAGAACUAGAAAAUGUCAUUAUUUCGAUUUAUGAAAAGUUUAUUAGGACUAAAGAUAAUUCCCUCUUAGUAACUGUGGUAAUAAUUUGUGAAAAUUUAUCGAUUAUCUAUGAUUGUAUAGAAUAUUGUAAACAUUUAAAUUUCCCUCUCAUUAUCAAUAAUAAUAAUCAUAAUAAUUUAUUAUUAGAUUUGAAUAAAUGUUUAAUUCAAUGGUUUAUUUCCAUAGAUUCUAUUCAAUAUUUUCCUUUUAAAAUAACCAUAAUUGAUACACUUGCAUAUCUUAUUCAUAUCAAUCCUCAAUAUUUCUAUAUUGACAAUCAAUGGCAUUAUGAAAUGAAUAAAUUUUUAAUGAAUUUAUCAUUUAUAAAUGGAUUAUACAUGAAUGAUUAUUCAUCUAAUGUAAAUGAUUGUAAUUGUACUAUGGAUACACAAUAUGGUGAUGAUAAUAAUAAUAAUGAUUAUUAUUAUUAUUAUUGUUAUAUGAGUUUAUUUCAUCAACUUCAUCAUUUAGAUAAACAAUUAUUACAUCAUAAUAAACAAAUAAACAAUGAUCUAAUUGUAAAUAAUGAAUUUCCUUAUUUUAUUGUUUUAUUAGAUUGUUUUAUAUCACAAACAAACAUUACUACAUUACUUAUUAAUAAUGAUAUUACUACUACUACUACUACUACUACUACUACUACUACUACUAUUAAUAAUAAUCUACCAAUUAUUUAUUGUUUAUUAUUAAAAUUUAUGUAUAUACAUAUCACAUCAAUUUCUUCUAUAUAUUUAUUAAAUGAUCAAUAUGUUCAAUGGAUAUUUGAUCUCUUGUUUAAAUUAUAUUACAUAAUAUCACCAUUCAUUUCGAAUCAUUUCAGUACUCAUACUCCUCCUCCUCCUCCUCCUCUUCCUACUGCUACUACCAAUAGUAGUAAUAAUAAUACUAAUAAUACUAAUAGUAAUACCAAUAAUACUAAUAGCAAUAAUACUAAUAGUAAUAAUAAUUAUUAUUAUUAUUAUGAUAUCGUUUAUUCAUUUUUAAUAAAUCUAAUUAAAAAUGAAAAAUUGAAUUUAUUAAAACAAAUUUUCUAUCAAUUUAUGAAGAAUUCAAAAUUCUCUAAAUUAAAAAUAAAAUUUUUCUCUCAAUUAUUGAAUCAAUUACAAUUACAAUUACAAUUAAAUCUAUUAUAUUAUAAUAAUAAUAGUAAUAAUAAUAAUAAUGAGAAUAAUAGUAGUACUAUUAUUACUUUAAUGGAUUACAUAAUAAAUGAUGUAAUGAUUCCAAUGAAAGAAAUCAAUUCAAUGGAUUUCAAUGAAAAUCAUUUUCUAUUAGAAUGCUUUAUGAAUUUAAUGAGAAUGAGAAUUCAAUCCAUUCAUUAUAUUAUAAAUGAUUCAAUCAUUAAUAUAAAUAAUUGGAAAGUAUACAAUGAUUUCAUGGAUAAUCUAUUGAAUAUAAAUGAUGUGAAUCAUUCAUAUUACUUGUUAAGAUGUUUAGUUAAUAAUAUUUUAACUGUCCAGUUGAAUCGUCCUUCAACAGUCUCCAGUGGUCACAUUCAAUUAUCGUCAAUACAAGAAUACGAACUAUUACAAAGUCGUUUGAUGUAUUCCACAGCUGGCUUAUUUUUUGAUAUUUUAAAUGAAUCAGAAAAGUUACUACACACAUCGAAUUCAAAGACUAUUGAAGAAAUCAUAUCAAUUUGGCAAUUAUUAGCUUAUCUUAUAUUAAUCUCUCAUUCAAAUUGGUCAAAUCCACCAAUGUUAAUUAAUUUAAAUCAGAAUUUAUUUCAUCAUUCAAUAAUCAAUGUUCAGAAUUCAAAUAAACAUUCGAAAAAAUCUUUUACUGAACUUGGUAUUUCAUUUAUAAGUAAAGUUAUACAAGUAAAGUUUUAUAUAGAUGAAAACUACAAGGAUCCAAUUACUGAUGUAGUUGAUUUGCGAAAUGUCAAUCAAUUAAAUUCUUUAAUUUUACCGCCAAUGAUUGUUUUACUUGAAAUGAUACCAAAUAUAGCGCCAUUAUUGAAUAAUGGUGAUUCAUAUAGUGAUAAUCAUAAUAAGUAUAACAAUUCAAUCGAUCAGUUAUUCACUAUACUAGAAGAUGCUUUUACACAAGUGCAAUUUAUUAGAACAUAUGGUUUUAAUAAUUUUUAUGAGUUCCUUGUACAUUUUAUUCAGUAUACCUUUCAUGAAAAUUCUUUUAUAAACAACAAUACUACUAUUACUACUACUGCUACCAAUAAUGAUAAGAUAACAUUAUCUAAUAAAAUGUUCGACGAACGAUCCCGAUCUUCUUCAUCAUUAACUUCUGAGGAAUCGAUAAAUAAAACAUCAAAUACUUGUACGGAUAAUCAAUAUUUUGAUCAAUCAAAUGAUAGAAACCAAAAGGAUACAAUAUACAAGUAUAAUCCACAAUCAGUACGACUAUUAGUGUUUUCAACAAGAUUAUUUAUUCGAUUAACAUUACAUAAUCUAUCAUUAUUCAAUUGUUGUCUACAUACUAAAUUAUCAUUAUCUAUUAUGAAUAAUGUAAAUGUUUCAAUGAAAUGUGAAAAUCAAUUAUGGUCAAAUUGUCUAUCAAUUAUUAUUGCUCAUUAUUUUAGUAUAUUUAAAUCAGAUAUACAUGGACCACAUUCAAUGGAGGAUAAAUAUUUACAAAUUAAUAUAAAUCAUUUAACCGAGGAGAUUUUAAAAUUAAUGACUAAUUUAUCAAAGUGUUCAAUUAUUCGACUAAGCUGUUUAGAUUUAUUACGAUGUUUCAUGAUACCACAAUAUAUCCGACCAAUUCAAUUUUGUACAGACUAUUCACAACCACUUGGUGUAUUAAGUGUGAAAUCUGUAAAACAUUUUAUGCAGCUGAUAUUGAAAGAUUUAAGACAAAUACAAAAUAUUGAAGGCAGUAACAGUCUUAACAAAGGUAAUAACCAUAAAUACCAACGCAUUACUACUCAUCAUGAUGAUGACCUUACAGAACAGGAUACGAAGCCUGCUACGCUUCAUGCGAUCAAUAGUAUAUAUCCAUACGUUACAUGUCAAAUGUUCGAUUUACUGAUUGACUGGAUUCAAACAAAUAAUGUUCUAAUGCCAACCAUAUAUACCAUUUGGCCAAAAUUAUUAAACACUCAUCUAUUAUGUUGUCAAUAUGGACAGCUACACUAUCCAAUUCUACAAUGUACUAAUAUGUGCUCUCAUCAUUAUUCUUAUGCAUUAGCAUUUGAAGAUAAUCAAUAUGAAAUUGAUAAUCAUCAAAUUUUAUAUCAAAAAUUAUUAAAUCAUAUUUGUCCAUUAUCAACCAUUAUUAAUCACCGGAGUAAUCAAUCAUUUUUGUCUACUUCGUUUAAUUAUACUACUGAUAAUCAUAGUUUGGGAUUGUCGACCUGGUUUUGUUUACAUGGAAAACAGUUAAAUAAUAUGAAGGUUAAACCUAAGUUCAAUCAAUUAUCUGAAGUGGAUCUAUUUCAAUUUGUACAAUUAAAUCAGUUACAACAUUUCAUCAGUUUGGAUAUACUAUCUUCAUCCUUAUGUCACAAUAAUCAAUCUGGAUAUCAAUCAUCGAUAAAUACCACAAACACAUUACCACCUUGUUCAACUAAUCGUAGUCACCUCUCACUUCAAAUAUGGAUAUCAUCUAUUUAUUCAUGUAUAUAUAUUCGUAUUGUUGAAAUGUCAAUCAAUAAAGAGAAUACAACAUUAGACUAUCAUGAAACAUCUAUAUCAUUAAAGGGGAAUACAAAUGAAAUUGUAUUGCUUAGUGAUUUAUGCUUAGAUUUUCCUAAAGAAUUUAAUAUUUAUGAUGAAUGGAAUCAUUUAUUUUUAUAUAUUGAAUGGAUAAAUUAUUUCAAUGCCAAAGUGUCACUUGUAAUCAAUGGUUGGUUUGAAUCUAUCGGUGAUCUAAUAUUGAUUAACAAAGAGUUUGCCGAUUCACAUAUAAACGGUCAACAUCAGUUUAUACCUCCUGUGUUGCGUUUUGGUCAUGUACUUGAUGUAUACUCUUCUUUAGAAUGUAGAAGAAAUACUUUUGAUUUAGGGAAUUUACUUUUGUUUACUGGUUUACCUUCUAGUGUGCAAAAACUUUCUUCAUCAUCUUCUGAUUAUGUCUUCAAAUGCAAAAAGAAAUCUUCAAAACAACAUCAUGAACAAAUGUCACAACAGUUAGACCAUCAAAAUGAAAAUUAUUUUAACAAUUCAAUUAAAGCAAUCGCUUUAUCACUUAGCCUUUUAGGCCCAUUAUUCAAUGGUUAUUUUGAUUCAAUUGAAUCAAGUGCAUACUAUCGAAAUUCAGCUGAUUGUAUACUUCAUGCAUUUAUACGUAGAUAUGCAUUAAAGGAUUCAACAUUGAAAAGUAAUCAUUAUCAUCCUUAUCAUCAUGACUAUGAUUAUAUCAGUCAAUUAUUGAUGAAAGCUCAUUCUUUAAUCCAUUCAGAAUUUUGGUUAAGAUUCUUAAAAACAUACUGUUCAGAGCAUUUAUUCAUCAUUUUGUUGAGUCAUAAUCUAACUUGUGUACAAUUCAUUUUACCAAAAUCGCUUAAAUCAUUCCAUAAAGCUGAAUAUAAUGAAUCGUUAACGACGGAAGUGAACAACGAUAACAUGCAUGACAUAUACUUGUUAAAUUCCAAUGUUAGCCAACAUUACAAAUCAUUUGAUGAAAAUACAAUGCAAAUUUAUUAUGCUCAUUCGUCUAAAAAGCGAUUAUGGUUAUUAAGGAGCAUAUAUUCACCUGAUAACAAUCAAUCAAUAUCUCACUAUGUUAACUACUAUUAUCGGGAAAGUUUUGAUUCAGUUUUUGAACCCCAUGGAGGUAUUGAAGUGGCAAUUUGCCUUCUUGGUGAACUUGUCUGUCAAUCACACAGUUCUAAUUUGAUUUCAUAUGGACUAAAAUUACUCUUUACAAUGUUACAUCAUUCUAGUAUAAUGUAUGCAAAAUUUUAUGCACCAGCAUUAUCACAUCCUGGUUUAGAGAAUUCAAUGGAAAGACGACAUAAAAAACUAUGGUUAUUUCAAAAUUGUAAUAAUCAGCUAAAUUGUAAACCAGUUCCAUUAAGUUUUGGACAUUGUCUGUUAGCUCGUCUAUUCAAACAUCCAAAAUUUAAUAUGAUCUCAUCUAAAUCAUAUGAAAUUAUGAAAGUUUUGCUAAAUGAAAUCAUAUUGACAUUUACUGUAAAUAUUUUAUGUAAAAAAUCUAUGAACCAUACAUCAUCCAUUGCACAUUUAUUGAUCAAUCCAAGUUUAUUACGCUGUCUUAUCUUAUUCGGUUCACAAUCAUUCUGGUAUCCUUCAUCGAAACAACAACAACAGCAAUCUGGAUUUGGUACUCAGAAUUCAACUCAUCUUUCUAAAUCAACAAACAAAUCAAUUUUAUUUAAUUAUGGUUUAAUACCUGGAAUAUUUGAAUUAUUAAUGAAUAUUAAUGAAUUGUCAAAUUCAACUAUAAUCAUUAUCAAAUUAUAUAAUUUGUCUAUAUUAGAUAAUGGCAAUUAA